AUGCAGCGGCGACCUGUCACUCUCUUACAGGUGCCCCCUCCUCGCUGCGCAACCUUCGACGUUCGUCGACGUGCAACGUUCAGAUUCGAUGCGGCCAUUCGAAACGAGCACGGCCGGCGGCGGCCAUCGCUGAUACGGGCAUGUCGCUCGACGUUCGGGCGGGAGUUCCUUAACCUCGGGUGGCUCAAGGCGGCCAACACGGUGCUGGGUUUCUCCGGUCCCCUGCUCCUGAAAGUGGUCGUUGACGCGGUGCAAGACGCUUCUCAAAGUGAAGGUUCGAGCAGUGUGGCUGCGGCGAGGAAGGGAUAUCUGGGAGCGGCGGCACUGGGGUGCGCCUUCGGGCUUUGCGCCAUCCUGGAUACCCAGUUCAGCCUGGGGCUGGGGCGGCUGCAGCUGCACGUGCGGGCAUCGAUCGUAUCGGCGGUCUACAGGCAGGUGCUCGAGGUACGAUCCGUCGAUGCGUCCGGGGUGGGCCUAACCGCCGGAAGCGCCGCCAACCUCAUCGCCGUGGACGCUCAGAGGCUCAUGGACACCGCCGGGUCUCUCCAUGAGUUGUGGGGUCUGCCCUUGCAGGUUGGGGUCACGUUCUAUCUUCUCCAUCGAGAGGUGUCCUUCGCUUUUGCGGCGGGGUUAGUCGUCAUCGCCGCCAUGGUGCCGCUAAACGCUUUCCUGGCGAAGCGGAUCGGCGCCGCGACUCGGGACCUGAUGGGGCACAAGGACGACCGCGUUCAGCGCUGCUCUGAGAUGCUGCACGGGAUAAGGGCGCUGAAGAUGCUCGCGUGGGAGGGCUGCAUUCGGCAAAGGAUAGAUGCGUCAAGAACCAGAGAGGUAUCGGCGCUUACAACCCUCAAGUACGUAGACGCGUGGUGCGUGUUUUUCUGGGCGACGACGCCAACGCUCGUCUGCCUGGUGACCUUCGCCACUCUAGUGGUCGUCAGGGGGGAGGGCGCGCCGCCUCUGAGAGUCUCCUCGGUCUUUGCAGCCUUGUCGUUACUGCAGAUGCUGAUCCACCCAAUGAACGCCUUCCCUUGGGUCAUCAAUGGCAUCGUCGAGGCUGGCGUGUCGAAGACCCGCCUAGAGAAACUCCUGUUCCUCCUCCCUAAAGGCACGGCGGCAGUGUCGUGUGAAGGGAGCCACCGCAUUGGUGGGGUCGAGAGGACAGCACAUGUAAGCGGACCUGUCAGGCCACGAGCGGAGGAAAAACCACCAACAGCGGACCCUCGUGUGAUUUUUUGCAGCGAUUCCGAUGACGAAAGCAAAGAUGCGCGUGAUCCCCUAAUCUCGUGGAGAGGCGCAACCGUCGCGUUGUCCCGUGGGCGUGAAAAACGGACAUCAGCCGGGGACAUACGCUCCGUAUCCCCUGUGUCCGACGGCGAACGCCGGGCGGAAAUCCACGGUUCCCUCGUGGAGGGGAGCGUGUUGGAGCCUUUGUUGCCGCCGGAAGAGUCGAGCGCGGAGGAGCAAUCACCAGAAGAACAGCCCGAAGGGGGAGGUGAAGAAAGACCCACGCCCGAGUUUUCGCUUCAUGGCGUUUCUCUCGAGAUUCGGCGGGGAGAGGCCGUUGCGAUCGCGGGUGGAGUAGGCAGCGGCAAGUCUACCCUGUUGGCGGGGAUUCUCGGUGAGUUGCCGGUUUUCCAGACCGCCAACGCCGACAGCAACGACACCAACCACACCAGCAGCAGCCGCAGCAGCAGCAAUUUUGGUCGUGAUGAAAGCGAAGCGGCGCUUCGAGGCCUAGGAACGAAUGCCGUGGGCUUUUGGAGCGGUAUCGAUCGUGAUGAUAACAACAGCAGCAUUGAGGCAAGACGAGACAGGGAAUCAGCAAGAGGACUCUGGGACAGCAGCAGAGGAAAACGACGUCGACGCCCAUCGCGGACGAGAAGAAACAGCAGCGGAGGACAGGCAACGCGGGGGGUGGUGGUGCGGGGGGCGGAGGGACGGGGGCCGGGAGAUCCGGAGGGAGGGGGAUGCACCACCACAACCAGGGUGUGCUACGCCGCGCAGAACCCGUGGGUGAUGAGCGGGAGCGUGCGAGAGAACGUGCUGUUCGGGAUUCCGAUGGACCGCGAGCGAUACCGAGAGGUCCUCGACGCGUGCGCGCUCGGGGAAGAUCUGGCCAGCAUUCCAGGGGGGGACACGGCUUACGUCGGGGAGCGGGGAGCAACACUCAGCGGCGGCCAGCGCCUUCGGGUGUCCCUGGCAAGAUGCGCUUACUUCGUGUCGGCAACUGCUGCUGCUGAUGUCGCCGCCAAGGCUGCGGCACUCGGGAACAACCGCCCCGGCGACGACGACACCAAGAGCGGCACCACUUUGGCGGAUGACAACGAUGGCGGCGAUGGCGGCGAUGGCGGCGACGGCCACCACUCCGCAGGCACUCUGUGCCUCCUAGACAACCCCCUUACCUCUCUCGAUGCCGAGACCCGGGAGCACGUCCUUCGGCACUGCAUACACGGAGUCAUGAGGCGCGGAAACCCCGGGGUGGCCGUUGUCGUUACAUGCGGCGAGAUCGACCCUGCAGAAAAAGAACAACCGACAGCCACGAAGGAGAGGGGCGCGACGGUGCUGCCUCUGCCGCUGUCUCGGUCUAUCAAGCGGUCCUUCGACCGCGUCGUCCGGUUGGGGGGGAUCGGGGGCGGAGGCACGAGGCCCGAGACGGCGGCGGACGCUGAAGGAGGAAGACUGCCCUUGCCGGGAGGCGACGCCAGCGCAGAAAGAACAAGAGCACCACCGCCAGCAGCAGCAACAAGCCCAUCGGUGCUGCUAUCGGCGCCAAAGUCAGCGUCGGAAACGGCCUCCUCACGACCAGCAGGACCGGGGGCCGCCCCCAAAGCAGCCGAGAAGGCGGCUUUGAACCUUGUGGAACGCGCCUCCGCCGCCGCCGGCGGCGGCUGCCCUGAAGAAGAAGGCGCCGGAUGGAGCAGUGAGGGCGAUGGCUUGGCAGACAGUAGUGGAGAGGUGUUGUUGCCGUGCGGUGGUGGUGAAGCUUUGGAAGCCGGGGAUGGGAACGGGGGUAGUGGACCCGUUGAAGAAGAAGACAGGAAGGACGGCUCCGUGGAGUUCAGAGUGUACUUGCUGUACGUGAGGUCGGCAGGACUGGGGGUCGCUGCCGUCACCCUGCUCUCUCUAGCCCUUAUGCAAGCGACGGCGGCGGGGUUCAGCUACUGGCUCUCGCAUUGGGCCACUCAACAGGGACGAGUAUCUGUGAGGUCGUUCCUCGCGACGAGCUUCUCGAUCGCCGCUGCCAACGCGGCCUUCACGCUCGUCAGGGCUUUCGGCUUCGCGUUCGGCGGGGUCCGAGCUGCGGUUGCCCUUCACCGGCGGCUGCUAACGCACGUCCUCGGCAAGCCCUCGGCGUUUUUCGACAUCACCCCUUCGGGCCGAGUCGUUAAUCGCUUCAGCCGGGACGCUUUCAGCGUCGACGACCCCCUGCCUUUCCACCUCAACGUUCUCCUGGCACAGGCGGCCGGACUGUCGGCGACGGCGGUGGUGCUGAGCUCCACCAGCCCCGUCCUCGCGGCGCUGUUCCUUCCCCUCGGCUGGGUCUACGCCAAGCUGCAGAGGUACUACCGCAGCAGCAGUCGCGAGCUCCGGCGCUUGGACUCCACUUCCAGAUCACCCAUCUAUGCCUUGUUCUCGGAAACGCUGGAUGGAGCGGUCACCAUCCGGGCCUUCGGUCAGCAGGAGGCGUUCUUUGGAAGGUUCGUCGGUCUGUUGGCGGAAAAUCAGCGGGCGACGUUCGCGGGGUCCAUGGCGUCCGCCUGGCUCUCGCUCAGGCUGCAGGCAAUCUGA